AUGUCGAGUAAGGUAGGCCGUCUUGCGGCCAAAGUAUUGGGAAUUGAACUUAUACCUUCUAGUCCAAUCCCUCCUUCUUAUAAGCCUGGUCCUCGCACGGCCAACGAACAUGUCGACUACUAUCUCGAGCCUGAACCUACCCUCGGCGACUGGGUGCGGGAGCAUACGCCCUCUGGACGGGCCGUCCGCCACUACUUCUACAACAUGUUUCCCUUUUGGCAAUGGAUUUGGUCAUAUAAUAUGCAAUGGUUCAUUGGGGACAUGAUUGCCGGUAUCACCGUCGGUGCGGUGGUGAUUCCUCAAGGCAUGGCCUAUGCCAUCCUGGCUAAGCUGCCGGCGGAAUAUGGGCUCUACUCCUCCUUCAUGGGGGUUUUGAUCUAUUGGUUCUUCGCCACUUCCAAAGAUAUCACCAUCGGGCCGGUGGCAGUCAUGUCUACUCUCGUCGGGACAAUCAUCAUCGAGACGCAAGAGAAAUACCCCGACAUCGAGGCGACCACUAUCGCGGGAGCUCUAGCCAUUGUGUGUGGUGCCAUUGUCACCUUUCUCGGACUGACUCGUCUCGGGUUCAUCGUCGAUUUCAUUCCCCUGCCAGCCAUCACAGCGUUCAUGACCGGCUCGGCGAUCAACGUGUGUGCUGGGCAGAUCAAGACUGUUCUCGGCGAGACUGCCAGCUUCUCGACUCGCGGAGCGACAUACAAGGUCAUCAUUGAUACCUUGCGCUAUCUCCCGACCUCCCAGAUGGACGCCGCCAUGGGCCUGACUGCCUUGGCCGUGCUGUAUGGCAUCCGGUCGGCGUGUGAUUACGGCUCCCGCAAAUAUCCCCACAAGGCGAAGGUUUUCUUCUUCCUCUCUACCCUACGCACUGUGUUUGUCAUCUUGUUCUACACGAUGGUCAGCGCGGCGGUCAACCUGCACCGUCGCCAUAAUCCGGCUUUUAAGCUGCUGGGCAAGGUGCCGUACGGCUUCCAGCACGCUGGAGUUCCCAAAAUCAGCGUGGCUAUCAUUCGAACCUUUGCGCACGAGCUGCCAGCCGCUGUGAUUGUGUUGGUGAUUGAGCAUAUUGCUAUUUCCAAAUCAUUCGGUCGCGUCAACAACUAUACCAUUGAUCCGUCGCAAGAGUUCAUCGCCAUUGGGAUUGCGAACCUGCUGGGACCAUUCCUCGGGGGCUAUCCCGCCACCGGCUCCUUCUCACGCACGGCCAUCAAGGCUAAAGCCGGUGUGCGUACGCCUCUGGCCGGUGUGAUCACUGCUGUGGUGGUUCUGCUGGCUAUCUAUGCCUUGCCGGCUCUGUUCUUCUUCAUCCCUUCCUCUUCUCUGUCCGCCGUGAUUGUGCACGCGGUGGGGGACCUUAUCGCCCCACCGAGCACCAUCUACAGAUUCUGGCAGGUCGCCCCCCUGGACGCGAUCAUUUGUUUGGUGGGGAUCAUAGUCAUUAUUUUCUCGACCAUUGAGAUCGGAAUUUACUGUACGAUCUGCAUGUCCCUGGCGGUUCUACUCUUUCGUAUCGCCAAAGCCCGCGGGCAGUUUCUAGGGCAGGUGCAAAUCCACUCCGUCAUCGGAGACCAUUUGUUGGAUGACUCCAGCACGAUUGACCUGACGAAGAAUGAUUACACUCAAUCUGCUCCACGAUCGCUCUAUCUCCCGGUCUCCCACGCGGAUGGCUCCAACCCGGUGAUCCAGCCGGUUCAACCCACGCCGGGGGUGUUCAUCUACCGUCUCUCGGACGGGUUCAACUAUCCCAAUGCCAAUCAUUACACCGACCACCUCGUCCAGCACAUCUUCGAUCGCACCCGACGCACUGAUCCUGCGAGGUACGCCAAGCCUGGGGACAGGCCGUGGAACGACCCCGGUCCCCGCGCGAGGAAAAGUGCGGAAAAGUCCAGCGUGGAGGACCCGUCUGCCUCCCCGCCUUUACUUAGGGCUAUUAUUCUUGACUUCUCCGCUGUCAACAAUGUCGAUAUCAGUGCCAUCCAGAACCUGAUUGACGUCCGCCAACAGCUGGAUCGGUAUGCGGCCCCUAAUUCGGUGCAAUGGCACUUCGCGCAUGUGAACAACAAAUGGACCAAGCGUGCCCUGGUGGCUGCUGGCUUUGGGCGACUUCUGACCCCGGAGGCCGCACCGGGCAUGGUGAUAGAUCUGGCGGAGUGGGAUGAGGGCCAGAUGGAGGGGACGAUGCGUAGAAGCGAUGCCGAGUCUCAAGCCAGUGGCAAGGGCUGGAUUGAUAAGCAAGGCAUGCGAACCACAACAAUGGCACAGUCUGCACUGGAUGAAUCAGACUUGCCGUCGGAUAUUGAGAAUGCCGUCACAACGACGCCACCAGCUCUAUACACAGGGAAGGCUGUGUCUGCAGGCCCGCGGCGACGCGUCGCCAUAUUGAGUGGUGUCAAUAGGCCAAAUUUUCAUGCCGAUCUUACGGGAGCUUUGGCGGCGGUCAAUCAGAGCUUGGAAGAGGAUGUGGGGAUGCCUUCUAAGCUGUAGGUUAGGCAGUGCUACGUACUGAGAGAAUAAUGCAU